CAACGAUGGCGGCCUCUUCCUCGUCUAGCAAGGCGCUCAACGCGAUAUUACCCUUGAUUACCGCAGGACAACCUUACGAAGCACACCAGAAGGCGCGCACAUUCGCCUCGCGUUACCAGAAAUCGCGCCAGUUCGACACCGCGAUAGACGUCCUCUUCCAAUCUGCGCGGGAGCUGCUCAAGGCCGGACAACCCGGCAGCGGAACAGAUUUGGCUAGCUUCCUGCUCGAGGUUUACGAGAACAAAGGAGAGACGGUGACAGAAGAGAGCCGGGGAAGGCUUACUCAGUUGAUCGCAUUGACUGGGUCCAAUGGAUCAUGGAGGAAAACCUUGAUAGACAAGGCUGUCGCAUGGAGUGCCAAACACGGGCCAUGCCCAGCGGGUGACCCGGAUCUACAACAUUAUGUUGGAGAGUUACUCUACAAAGAGGGGGCAUUCGAAGCCGCUGAACCUCACCUUCUUGCUGCCGGCAAACGCGACAGUGCCAGAGUACUCGCGCAGAUGUUCGUCGAUUGGUCUGCGGCGGGCGGUAGCCCCGGUACCUUUGCUUUAAGAGGUGUUUUGCCAUACCUGCUGAAUGGCAAUAUUCUCGCAGCUCGAACGUUCAUCAAUAGCUUCACUCGGCAAAUUAUCUCUUCCAAACCAUCUCUCGCGUCAAGCAAUGUCAGCGAAACCAUACCUAUCAAUGCUAACCCUGCUUCCGAUUCAGCCAUGGCCACAACGGACGAAAUUGUUGUUACCACAGAUCUAGUACUCAACUGGUCACAACUCGCGGUUCGAACGUGCCAACGCGCAAAAGGCGCGGAAAACAAGGCCGCGCGAGAGGCUUGGGUACGCCUAUGCGGGACGUAUCAGAGUAAAGGCGGGUUAUUGGCGAACCCGAACGUCCGAGGCAUCCUGAUGGAGAUUGCACAACUAUACUUCGCCAUACCGCCACCACGCGCUCAACCUGCGAACCCGUUCGGCGAUAUGCUGUCUUCGUUGCUGGGUGCCCCGGCAGGAGGAGGUGGCAACGCUACUGCGCCCAGGCGCCUGGCUCCGGUUGGGCCCUCGACUGCAACCGACGUUCUGGACUAACGAAACACUGCCGAACAAUGUAACUCACAGAACAUCGGACUUUGGAAUGUAUUCUACCGCGCUACAACUCGGAGAAUGACGACCACUAUGCAAGGCCGUCGCUUUAUGCAAGGCAGCGUGGGCCUCCUGCACUGUCGACGUCUCUUC